GUUGACUGUGUCAAAUUAACAUGUCUCGUCAAUAAUUUAAAAAUACAGUGAUUUCAUAGUUUACUUCACAAAAUAUAUUUCAACAAUGAAAUAGACUCCUCAAACUCAUAUAAUUAUGUAAAAAUGUAACUGGAAUACACAAACAAUAUUACACAUAAUCAUCAAGAUCAGUAGUUUGUGUGAGCUGAUCUUAAUUUUUUUUUGUCUAACCGUUUCACCUAUUUAAUAUUGGACAAAAUGUUAGCGAAACUGAAAAAAAUCGGCGUAAGCAGAGAUCGAAAAGUUGACGAGUCAACGAGUAACAGCAGUCUAUCAAAUCUAAGAUACGUGCCGGUGGAGAAGGGGAAAUGGAAUCUAUUUAGAAAGAAAGAAUUUGCACCUAUACCAGCCUACCCUGUGAAGCCAUUAAAAGGAUGUCUGUGCGGAAAUGAUGGACCAUGUAAGCAGAAAGUUUCGCCAGGAGGAGUCGUUAUACACUACCCACAAAAAAAGAAAAAAACAUUGCAAACGUUGACAGGAAACCUUUAUAAGACCACUAAUAGGAGUAACAAAAAAAUCGUAUCUCCCGCCUCACGAGGCCCGGUAAAGGUUGUACGACAGAAGAAAUUCUUAGCCUGGAGAGUGGACAAAGUCAAUCAUAGCUCACCAUUAUUCAAAGUCCGCAGAGCACCCUUCAGCCAGUUGUGAUUGCAGAACAUGUCGAGUCUUUAUCCGAACUGUGUCAAAUUAAGGAAUAUCCAUUGUGCCGAAUGCCGGGUCAAAUUGUUGAAUUAAUUGUGUUAAUUACACCCAGAGACUAUGUAGAUACUCAAAUAAAAUUAUUAUAAAUUAA